ACAUUCGGCACAGAAAUUAUAACGCGGGAAAGAUGGAGCAAGUUGACAAGCUACUGAAGUGUCCUGUUUGUUUUGAACAUCUUAAGACGGCCCUGAUGAUCAGUAAUUGUUCACAUACAUUCUGUUCGCUGUGCAUCAGAAAAUACCUGUCCUACAAAAACGUUUGUCCAGUUUGUAAUGUUCCGACAUAUGAAGCUGAUCUUAAGAAUAACAGGCUAGUAGAUGACAUUGUCCAGCAUUUUGUGUCGGUCAGGGAUUCAGAGUGGAAGUCUGACGGUAAAUUAGAGUCUGGGCCACACAACAAGGUGAAGAGUCCCAAGGAAACUGUACAGGAUGACAAGUUACAGGCAGUUUUCUCACAGAAAAAGGACACGGUUCAGACUGACAAACUGCAUCAGGUGUCUCUGGACAAAGAUGUGGUCAAGGAUAACAAACCCCAAGACAAAGAAAGGAAACAGCUUUCUGGCAGGUUUACCCGAAUGAAGAAGAAAACACAAAAUUUUAAGGGGGAUAAACUCAUCCUGGAUAUAUUUUCACCAAAGAGAAACAGUCGCACACGAGCUGCUGCCGUAGCAGCUUCAACAAUUAUAAUGUCCACAGAGGAAGAAGAUUUUGAAGACUGUUUGAGAAACUCAAGUCUUCUUAACUUAGAAGACAAAGAUCAGCACAAAACCAGUUCAAAAGAUGCCUCAACGGACAAACCACCGGUACUGCCUAUUGAGCUUGGUAGUGUGAAGGAAGCAGCAACAACAGUCAACGUGUCAAGCAAGUCGAGAAAAAGAACUCGACAGAGUGUCGAUCAUAAUAUAGCUGGACCUUCUAUUAGGCCUCAGAAAGGAGAUGGGAACACUGAUGUCUCCAAGCGUGUGACAGAUGUUGAGAGAGUAGGGGAAGGUGAUGUCUCCACUGACAGUCUGAGAAGUGGUACGAUUGACAAAGAAAACAAUGAUCUGUUAGCAGGUGUCUGUGAGGAGACGAGUGACAAAGAAAACAAUGAUCUGUUAGCGGGUGUCUGUGAGGAGACGAGUGACAAAGCAAUGCCUGUAUUAACAGCAAUGUCACUGGACACUACCGAGUCACUCUCUCUCGGCGAGGAGGAGGAGGGUCACGAGGAAUCGGCGCCUCUCGACGAAACUACCGAUUACACUGGGGCUAAAAUGCCAUGUCCAGUAUGUGGUGUGGAAGUACACAACCAGGUGAUCAACAGACACCUUGACCAGUGUUUGGCCAGUGCGGAGAAGAAAUCCUCUCUUCGACGGUCAACACCAAAAAGGAAAUACAUGGCAAAGUUGGUAUACAAUAUAAUGUCGGAACGGGAUUUACGCAAAAAACUCAAAGAAGAGGGUCUUUCAAACAAGGGAGAUAAGCAGACACUGAUCAAGCGACACCAUAAUUUUGUGCUGACGUACAAUGCAGAAUGUGAUGACCUCAAUCCAAGGCCAGUUGAACAGCUGAUAACAGAACUUGAAGCAAUAGAAAAGGCAAAGCUAGCAGGAAGUUCCAUCAGUUUACGUAAACAGAGGGUGAAUAUUGAAAAGAACAGUUCCCCUGCUACAAUUGAAAAUGCUCUGCAAACUUACAAAAAGACACACAAGUCUCAGUUUGAUGACCUGAUGAAAGCAGCCAGGAAAAAUCAUAAAACUAAGGCGAAGCAAACUCACAGAGCUAAGAAAAGUCUACUUCAAUCUCCAACGAAGACAUGUGGCGAUGAAAAUGUUACACAGCCUGUUGCAGUGGCUACAGUUGUUAUAGGUGGUAAUGUCACUGAAACAGGAAGUGAAUUAAGUGAUGACGGGAACUCUACUAGUACUUCACUCCCAGAUAUAGCAGCAAGUUCCUCGUCGUGUAGUGUGACAAACUCUGAAUUAGGAAGUAAACUAGGUAUAGACAGAAACGCCAGUAGUCCAAAUAUAGAUAUGAGAUCCUCGUCAUGUCACAUGACGAACUCCCGAACAGGAAGUAAUUCAGGUAUUGACAGUAAUUCCUCAACUAGUCACUCAUUGCCAAAUACAGAAACAGGUUUAUCAGGAAAGUCUAAUAAAAAGACGCCAAAGAAAGCAAGGAGACGAAUACAUACAAAUUAUGUCACAUCAACACCUUCUCCUACAAAAGUGGCUGGCCUUGGGUGCUCCCCAUUCAAGAGUCCGAAGGUUCCUGGGGAUCUGAUUGUCCCUCCCUCCCCGGGAAAGUGUGCACUCUUCGUGGAGGACAGCGAGUGUGGUAGUGACACAGAGGAUCUGCUCUUUCGGAAAAUUAACUCAUCAAUAGAUACAUUUUCUGAAGACGACCAGGAUGACAUUGGCCCGUGUCAGGUCUCUGACUGGCCCGCUCUGUCCCAGGCUGCUGUACCUAAAGAGGCAGAGGCGAACAUGUCAGUCCGUGAGUGUGGUGAGGAGGCGGAGGUAAUGCCAGUGUUUGCCACAGAAGCUGUGCCCUCUUCCCUACGGGCACGUCACAUGUCAGGGCUCUCGGUCGAAAGUGGCACAUCCACAGGCAGUGGGGAAUCCUCUAUCCUCUGGGUCUCCCCUCCUGUGACCAUGAAGAUUGGGACCAGAAGACGAUCUGAACGAGUCCGAGGAGCAGGAAAUGAAGAAGAGGACAAAAGACCCGAAAAACAUGACAAAAAGGGGAAUCAAACCACAAACUUGAAGAGGAAGAGAUCCACUGGCUCUGGAUCAGUAGAUAGUAUCGCCAAGAGGAUCAAACGGAGGAGAUGAGAUUAGAUAAUCAGUGACUGUUGCUCAAAACCUUACUUGUUUAAGAGAAUGUCGCCUUUAAAAGGAAUGGAGAAUUAACAUUUAUUUUCCUUGUGAUAACUAAAUGUCUUGUUUUAUUACUUGUUUAUUUGUGUCAUUUAUUUUCAAGGUUGACAGUCAUUUUAAAGUCAUUCUAAUGGAUAAGAGGGGGCACUCUGCAAUGCAUUGUGCAAUAUUUGAAUCUUAAAACACUCAAACAUCUUUUUCUGAAGAACAGGUACGCCUAGAGUACUGAUAUUUGGCCAGACACAUGCAGACAUUGAGUGCUACAAAUAUUCUGCAGAAAUGAAAGACAUUUCAAGGUCAUAGGGGUCACAUUUGUUAAAACACUAACAAUGUCUAAUGAAAAACAGAAAGAGUCCUUAUUUUUGGCCAGUUAGUUGCCGGCAUUGAGCGCUAAAAAUACUGAAAAAAAUAUAUUACCUUUUAAUACCUUUAUUCAAGGUCAAAUUUGUCAAAACUCCUAAAAAGAAUUCUUCUGAUGAACAGAAAUACUUAGAGUUAUGGUAUUUUGCUAGUACAUGUAUUUUGUUUAGCGUGAAGUGCUACAAAAUUUGCAGAAAGAAUGUAAUUGCCCUUUAUUAAAGGUCACAGGUGUCCAAUGUGUUAAAACAAUUGGUUUUGAAUAACCGAAAAAUCUAGAUUUGAUCUGUAGCUUGCUUAUGGAGUGCUACAAAGUUUGUGAAAAGAAAUAUCCUUGACUUAUAUUCAAGGUUACAGGGGUCAAUUCUGUUAAAAUACACAAAUUCUUCUAAAAUACCUAAACAAAAUCAGGGUAAUGAGACCGCCAGAAGGUUGCUGGGAAUUGGUGCUUCAAAGUUUUGAAAAGGAAAUAAUGUUGACCCAUAUACAAGGUCACUGGGGUCAAACUUGCUUACACUCUCAAAUGUUUUCUGAAGAACCAAAACGUCUAGAAUGGUUAUUGUUAGCGUGUAGCUUGUUGGAAUGCAACAAAGUUGGAGAAAAGAAAUAACCAUGACCCUUUUUCAUGGUUACUGGAGUCCUAUGUUUGAAAACACUAAAGUUUCUUCAAAAUAAUGAAAAGAUCAAGAAUCAUAUUUGACUGAUAGCUCAAUGAAGUAGAGGGUACAAAAUUUGUGAAUAGAAAUAACUAGGACAUACAUUUAAGGUCAUAAGGGUCUAAUUUGUUAAAAUCAAAUCCUAAAAUGACUUCCUCUGCAGAACCAAAAGACUUAGGGUAGUAAUAUUUGGGAUGGAGUGAUACAAAGUUUUUUUAUACAAAGGCCACAUUAAUCGGCUGAUCAUCUUUGGGCCCAUUGUGUUUGAUUAGAAUCUAUUUAUUUGACAAUGAAGAAAUCAUAAUGAGGAUGUUAAUAUAUUGACUUAUAGAUUUUUGUAUUGUGUUCUUUUCUGUAUAUGAUAAUAUGUUUAGUUAGUAUACAGUUUAUUAAUUUCAUAUUUUAUGUUAAUUUUACCUCGGUUGAGUUUUUGUAGGAUGAGUAAGACAAUAUAAUUGUGAAGGAUAAUCAAGUCUUUUACAGAAAAUACCGAGUGAUAGUGUAACCUAAACACCAUAGUACAGGUGGUAUAGGGUCAUCCUGUCUCUACAAAAUACAUAUUCGUUCACAAUAGAAAUGGAUAUUGGUACCUGAACCAUGUGUUUGGUACCUAACAGCUUAUGUUGAAAUAAGGUAGAUAUCAAAUUCAUAUUUUAACUGUAAUAGAUGAAUGACAUUGUGAUGUUGAAAAGAAGUUGUUUUUGUAUAUUGUCAGUAGAAGAUUUUGACAAAGACAGCACAUUAAAAUAAAUCUUCAAUACCA